UCGUCUUCUUCAACAUGGUUAAGAUUUCAAUUUCUCUUUACAUUUCUGUGGUGGGUUAUUGUAGAUAAACCAGCUUCCUUGUAAUGCUUCUCCUUUUGGGCUCUCUUUUUUGAGAGAGAGAGCCUUUCAAAGUUAUUUUCUUUAUUUGGCUGUUUGAAAGUUGGAUAUUUGGGUGCAGAUUUUGUAAGCCAUUAUUGUUUUUUUAACUUCACCGGCCUGAUCAUCAUCAGCUGAAGAAACCCACUAUAAGACCAACCAUUUGGCCUUCACUUGAGGCUGUUUCUAAUCAAAAUCCCUCAUUUUAGCUGAAGAAACAGUAAUCUUAGUUUCUGAAACUUAUCUUCCAAAACAAGCAGCUCUUUUAUCACUCAGCUCGCACCAUCUUUAUCUGUCUCACUUUUUUCUUACAUAAAGAAAGAUUGAUUUUUUUUAUAACGAGAAAUGGCUAUGGCGGUGGCCCAACACAGGGUGAGCUGCAGCGGUAGCAGCAUCAACAAACACCUGGAUGCUGCAGGCAAGUACGUUAGAUACACAGCUGAGCAGGUUGAAGCCUUGGAACGAGUCUAUGCUGAGUGCCCCAAACCAAGUUCCUUGCAUAGGCAACAGUUGAUAAGGGAAUGUCCCAUUCUUUCCAACAUUGAACCUAAACAGAUCAAAGUUUGGUUUCAAAAUCGCAGGUGUAGAGAGAAGCAAAGGAAAGAGUCUUCAAGGCUUCAAAGUGUAAAUAAAAAAUUAUCAGCAAUGAACAAGCUGUUGAUGGAGGAGAAUGAUCGGUUGCAAAAGCAGGUUUCUCAGCUGGUUUGCGAGAAUGGUUAUAUGAAGCAGCAACUGCAUACUGUAAAUGCAUCAGCAACUGAUGCAAGCUGUGACUCUGUGAUUACCACUCCUAAGCAUUCACUCAGAGAUGCCAAUAACCCUGCUGGACUCCUCUCCAUUGCCGAGGAGACCUUGGCAGAGUUCCUUUCCAAGGCUACGGGAACUGCUGUCGAUUGGGUCCAGAUGCCUGGGAUGAAGCCUGGUCCGGAUUCGGGUGGGAUUUUUGCCAUUUCCCAAAGUUGUAGUGGAGUGGCAGCUCGAGCCUGUGGUCUUGUAAGUUUAGAACCUACAAAGAUUGCGGAGAUCCUUAAGGAUCGUCCAUCUUGGUUCCGUGAGUGUCGGAACCUUGAAAUUUUUACUAUGUUUCCAGCUGGCAAUGGUGGAACAAUUGAGCUUGUAUACACACAGAUGUUUGCUCCAACUACUCUGGCUCCUGCGAGGGACUUUUGGACACUAAGAUACACUACAACAUUAGAGAAUGGAAGUCUCGUGGUAUGUGAGAGGUCCCUUUCUGGUUCUGGUGCUGGUCCUAGUGCAGUUGCUGUAGCUCAAUUUGUGAGAGCCGAAAUGCUUCCUAGUGGCUAUUUGAUUAGGCCUUGUGAAGGUGGAGGGUCAAUCAUCCAUAUUGUUGACCACCUGAAUCUUGAGGCUUGGAGCGCGCCGGAGGUGCUGCGCCCGCUUUAUGAAUCAUCAAAAGUAAUUGCUCAGAAAAUGACAAUUCUGGCAAUGCGCUAUGUCAAGCAAAUUGCUAUGGAGAAAAGUGGCGAGGUGGUUUACAGUAUGGGCAGGCAGCCUGCUGUCCUACGAACUUUUAGCCAAAGAUUAAGCAGAGGCUUUAAUGAAGCAAUAAACGGAUUCAACGAUGAUGGCUGGUCAAUAAUGAAUUGCGAUGGUACUGAAGAUGUGGUAACUGCAAUUAAUUCAAGCAAGAGCUUGAGCAGCAGUUCAAAUCCAACAAAUGCUCUUUCGUUCGUUGGUGGCAUUCUGUGUGCGAAGGCAUCUAUGCUGCUUCAAGAUGUUUUGCCUGCUGUACUAGUGCGUUUCCUGAGAGAGCACCGCUCGGAGUGGGCUGAUUUCAAUGUUGAUGCUUAUACUGCUGCGUCAUUUAAGGCUGGAACAUUUGCUUAUCCGGGAAUGAGACCCACGAGGUUUACUGGUAGUCAGGUUAUCAUGCCACUUGGCCACACGAUUGAACAUGAAGAGAUACUUGAAGUUGUAAGACUUGAAGGCCAAUCUUUUGUGCAAGAGGAUGCCUUUGUGUCAAGGGAUAUUCACUUAUUGCAGAUAUGCAGUGGAAUUGAUGAGAAUGCUGUGGGGUCCUGUUCGGAGCUUGUCUUUGCUACCAUUGAUGAUAUGUUUCCUGAUGAUGCUCCCUUAGUACCAUCUGGAUUCCGCAUUAUCCCGUUGGAGUCAAAGCCGGAUUCAUUAACAACAAAUCGGACUUUGGAUCUGACUUCAAGUCUUGAAGUGGGGCCUGCUACCAACCAGGCUUCGGGAGAUGUUCCUACAUGUCAGAAUACACGAUCGGUGUUGACGAUUGCCUUCCAGUUUCCGUUUGAUGACAGUCUUCAGGAUAAUGUUGCGACCAUGGCACGACAGUAUGUCCGUAGUGUCAUUUCUUCUGUCCAGAGGCUUGCCAUGGCCGUAUCUCCUUCUGGAUUGAGCCCAGCUGUAGGACCAAAGUUAACUCCGGGCUCUCCCGAAGCACUUAGACUAGCUCAUUGGAUCUGCCAGAGCUACAGUUAUCAUAUAGGGACGGAAUUGUUGAGAUCUGAAUCACUCGGCGGUGACUCAAUUUUGAAGAAUCUCUGGGAACAUCAGGAUGCAAUAUUGUGUUGUUCGAUGAAGUCGCUACCGGUUUUCAUUUUCGCAAAUCAAGCGGGUCUUGACAUGCUUGAGACAUCUCUAGUGUCCCUACAAGACAUAACACUGGAUAAAAUAUUCGAUGAGUCUGGACGCAAGGCAUUGUACUCCGAUUUCGCCAAGGUGAUGCAGCAGGGAUUUGCCUAUUUCCCGGGGGGAAUCUGCAUGUCGAUAAUGGGACGCCAUAUAUCGUAUGAACAAGCUGUUGCUUGGAAAGUACUUGAAGCUGAUGAGAGCUCAUUCCAUUGCUUGGCCUUCUGUUUUGUAAACUGGUCCUUUGUGUGAAAA